AUGAAAAACAGCGCAAUGGUUUUGUUCGUCUGCUCUGGUCUAUUGUUGAGUGGAGGAGGUAUUCUUGGCGUGUCGACGCUAUGGAGCACGAUGCGUAUGUCCUACUACUUCUGGACGUCAGACCUCGGCAUUGAGCUGGGCUCCAGCGUGCUGUUCAUGUCAGGGGCGCUGCUCUGCCUUCCAGCCUGCUGGCUGGCGACCCUAGUGCCGUACCAUCCGAGAUCUACCUCCUUGCUGGCAACUCUAAUGAUACUAGUGUCCGGCGGGAUGAUGUUGUUGUCUAUGGGCAUGACGUCUAUCACAGGGCUGUCGCGGGCCGUACGCGAGCCGGCUCUGCUCAACUCUAGCAUGCUGCGGUCUAUGGCCUACGAGGCGGUCGACCCAGCUGUCAAGAGCGCUUUCUCUUCUAUGCAGUUAGAGUUAAAAUGUUGCGGUGUGAAGUCUCACGCGGACUGGUACAAGUAUGGGGCGUUUCUACCCCCCUCGUGCUGCGGCAGAGUUUGGAACGGAAGGAAUGCAAAUACAUGCGAGGUACCGCUACACACCGCGGGCUGCCUGCGCCCUGCGCUUGCCGAGCUGCGCAUAUUUGCCAACUCCGUUGCUGUGCUCGCUUGUGCCAUCAUCAUUGUGAAGGCGGUGACGCUGUUCGCGACGGCGUACACCCUGGUGACGGGUGUGAUAGAGCGCGCGGCGGACGGGUACAAGCCGUCGCCUCAGCCGCUGCGUAUCGCAUGCCUCACCUCACCCUUCUCACCCUUAGCACUGCCCACUCCGGCCUCACAGCCGCGCGUUGGUGUAAACGCCGUCUAACUGAUGGUUACGCCAGUCACACACGAUUAAAGUCCUGUAGCCAAUCAACACACAUCAAUUCUCUGAAUGAGAAUGAUUUUUCAUAACGAAUGUCGCCGCUAUACAUGUUUUCGUUUACGAAGCGAAAAUAUAGCCUUUCUUGUUAAAGAAUAGAUGUAUGAUCUGGCUACAGCCCAAGGUUACUAUGAAACCAUUAUUUUAACCAUAUUUCAGCAUUAUUUUUACUGUCCACACCUCGAAGCGCGCUACAGACUUGACUUGAUCGUGUGUGACUGGCGUUACAACCUA